CAGUUCCAAUAUUCCGCGUCCUGGACUGACUUGUGCUCCGAGCUCUUCUUUCUCCUUUGCCUUCUCGGCCUCUCCCAGCUCAUCCCGUUCCCAGCACACUGCCCGCGCCCUGCCUCCUCUUCUCUCGAUUCCCCCCUCUAACCUUCUUUGCAUCCUAGCCUUUUCCUGCUACUCCUCUCCUUCUCCACAUUCUUUGAGCGCAUUCCCCCCUUUUGAAAUUCCGGCUCUCGAGACACAGAUCCGUGAGGGGUGGUGGAUUCUUUACUUGCUCGUUCCAAAAAUCCCACUCUGCGCCGCUGCUCCACUCACCUUGUACUAGUAGCGGAGACACUUUACCCGAUUCGUUUCUUCAGGCGGCAUGGAACGCCGUGUGCUUCUACCGUGCCCAAGAUUUCAGCAGCUUUAGGUGCUGCUAUAUAGCUGCCUGGACUCCGUUGGGGGCGGAAUGGAGGUCUGGAGCAUCAGAGCGGCGCAGCUCUUGCUCUUCUUCUUCCUCUUGUCUGAGAGGCAUGAGUCUUGUGCCGCCCUCGGUGAAGAAGGGCGAGCCAUGAGUUUCAGAGAAGAGCGCCCAAGUGGAUGGUUAUGGAAUUUGGGACAAAAGAAGGUUUUCAGCGCAGCGGCGACGCGCUUAGUCAAGGGAAACAAACUGUCAAUUGAAAUUCCUAACGAGUUGCAAGAGCGUAUCAUGAUUUCAGAGGUUCUAACUGAUGGAAGGCAACAACUGUGCAGAAAAUGUUUAACAAAAACCAUACGGAGUACCACCCUGAGGCAACUCCUACAGGCAAGGGGGCUGCAAGAAUCAGCACCUUCCUCUAAGGCUACUGAUCAGCAUCCCAUGUCUUCGCCGCCAUCGCAUUCGCAAGCUGAAACCAACGACUCUUCUUCUGUGCUUCACUGGGUUAUCUACGCAUUGUGCGUCAGUGGAGCGCUUGGCCUUGUGGUUAUAGCCUCUGUUGUGUAUCUACUUGUCUCCCGUAGAAAGAAGGAUAACACCGUCAAUCCAUGGGCUACCGGGCUGAGUGGACAGCUAAGGAAAGCCUUCGUGACAGGUGUUCCUUCUUUAGGAAGGGCCGAACUUGAGGCGGCGUGUGAGAAUUUCAGCAAUGUGAUCGGUACUGUAUCUGACAGUGCAUUGUACAAGGGAACCCUGUCGAGUGGGGUUGAAAUAGCUGUUGCCUCCAGUCCAGUUAAGUCUGCCAAAGAAUGGUCGGAUCGGUCUGAGGAGCAAUUUAGGAACAAGAUCUCUGAGUUAUCCAAAGUGAACCAUAAGAACUUCAUGAACCUACUUGGUUACUGCACAUGCGACGAUCCGUUCACCAGGAUGAUGGUGUUUGAGUACGCUCCAUGUGGUUCGCUCUUCGAGCAUUUGCACGUCAGGGAAGCAGAGCACCUGGACUGGCCUACCCGGCUGCGCAUCAUCAUGGGAGUGACAUACUGCCUGGAGCACAUGAACCAGCUAGACCCUCCUGUCACCCCAAGAACCCUAAACUCCUCAUCAAUCUACCUCACCGAGGACUACGCGGCCAAGUUCUCGGACACCGAGUUCUGGAAGGACGACGAAGCUGACGCGGCGCCGACGCGAUCCGCAGGCCAGGACAGCAUCGUCUACAAGUUCGGGAUACUGCUGCUCGAGGUGAUCUCCGGCCGGCUGCCCUUCUCCGAGGACCACGGCCUGCUUGUCCUCUGGGCCUCCAGCUAUCUGGACGGCAAGCGGCCGAUCGGCUCGAUGGCCGACCCGGUGCUCAGGGCGUCGUCGCCUGUGCCCGAAGAGGACCUGGCGGCGCUGUGUGAUGUCGUGAGGCUGUGCAUAAACCGCGAGGCGGCCAAGAGGCCGUCCAUGGCCGAGGUCGCGGGGCUGAUGAAAGGCGCCGUCAGACUGUCGCCGGAGCAGACGACCCCGAGGAAUAACCCUCUGUGGUGGGCCGAGCUCGAGAUCAUGUCCACUGCAUCCACCUGAAAUGACAUGUAAAGGGAAGGAUAAUUAUACUAGAUUUUGCAUUUUAGUUUCUUCUUCCAUUACUUUUUUUUGUAUGAUAUAUGGUACAUCCUUUUGGCCUCAGUUUGUUUUUGUCCUUGGAUCACUGUGAGCCUGCAUAUUUCUAAAAGUUGAAAGGAAUAGUAAUUAUCAUUUGACGAAA